AUGGAUAAGCCCACGGAACCGUCACAUAGCAUACUGACCAAGUUCUCCCGCAUCACCAAGAGACCGCAACAACCAUUGACAGACCUCACCGAUCUCUACAGCAGGAUCGCCAAUGAGUCCAUAUACUACUCUAAGCUGGAAGAACAGCACCGCUACACCGCCGCGUUGCAGGGGUGGAAGGCCCUCUCCACGGAUGCCAUGUUCAAACUUACAUGCAUCGAACAUUCCUAUCCGAACGUGCAAUCAUACUCCCGAGAUGAGGUCAGUCUGCAGAACGGGAUCAGAGAACUCUACUUGAAGAGUCUCACCCAUAUUGAGACUGUACAGAAACUGUGCAACAAGGAUGCGGACACGGACAGAACAUCCUCUUUUACUAGAAGGGAACGACCCGCACUGGAUCAACAACAUCAUUAUUCGUUGCAUUCCACUUCGAGAAGAAUGAUGGUAUCCCUGAGAUCACGUCAUUUGCAACCAACGAAAAGUCUCAACUCUCUUUCAUAUUCCAAUUCCAAUUUAAAGCAUAAUAAUAAUAAUAAUCAUCCACAUUCUUCCACAGCAUCUGCAUCGUCAUCCGCAUCUGCAUCGCAACACAGAAUUAACUUCACGCCCUCCAGACCACUAACCUUCCAUGACAAGGACCCAUCACCAUCGCUGUCGUCGUUACCUACAUCUUCGACAACACAGCAACGUCCAGCAUCAGAAUUCGAUAUGGAAGAUUACUUCGAUUCCUAUAUGGAGGACGAUGAUGGAGACGAAAGUGAGUGCCAGACUGACGAUUCCCCGUCUUUGACCAACCUUUCCAUCGAUACAGACUCGCAAAUACCCACGUUACCGCCGUUACCACCUCCCAUACCGUCGGCACCACCACCACUUCCAUCCGUAAAUAAGAAGAAAGUCGUGAAGAAUGUGAAGGCGAACAAGUCCACGCCGGAAUUGCCCAAACCCACCAUCAAGAAGAAACAACAACAACAACUGCCCUCCAAUACGAAAACGAAAUCCAAAUCCGCGUCCUCAUCGCCCCUACCGUCUUUAACCAUGAAGAAAUCAAAUUACUCCAAGUUGAAGAGGAAAGACGUCAAGGAUAGAGACCCAAAAUUGGCACAUUCGGCGGCUCAAAAGGUAUACUUGAAGAAAACCCCAUCGCCACAGACAACAACAACAACAACAAAGAAACCGGCACCCAAAAAUACAAGAACUCCCCAGAAACCUCAACAAAAGAAGACGCCAUCUUCGCCACCACCACCAGCAGCAGCAGCUAAGAAACCAUCGUCUCCCUCAACAGAUUCACUGGAGGACGAUAUCAUAGACACAUUAGCCGGAGUGGAUAAGGCGGCAGCAAAACAAAUCUUUCAGGAGAUCGUCGUUAAGGGUGACGAAGUACAUUGGGAGGACAUUGCCGGUUUGGAUACUGCCAAGAAUUCUUUAAAAGAGGCAGUGGUAUACCCAUUUUUACGUCCUGAUUUAUUCCAUGGAUUAAGAGAACCUAUUAGUGGGAUGCUCUUGUUUGGUCCUCCGGGAACGGGGAAGACGAUGCUUGCGAGAGCUGUUGCUACAGAAUCCAAAUCUACUUUUUUCUCCAUUAGUGCUAGUAGUUUGACAUCUAAGUAUUUGGGGGAGAGUGAGAAGUUGGUGAGGGCUUUAUUUGCUGUGGCGAAGAAGCUUUCACCGUCCAUUGUGUUCAUUGAUGAGAUUGAUUCCAUAUUGGGGAGUAGAAAUAAUGAGAGUGAGAAUGAAUCGAGUCGACGUAUCAAGAAUGAGUUUUUAAUUCAAUGGUCUUCCUUAACCGCAGCAGCAGCAGCUUCCAGUACUGAUGGGAACGAUGCUAAUAAAGUUCUUGUCCUGGCAGCAACGAAUUUACCCUGGUGUAUCGAUGAUGCUGCUAGAAGAAGAUUUGUUAGACGUCAAUACAUUCCGUUACCUGAGGCAAGCACACGAAUUGUGCAAUUCAAGAGGCUUUUAUCUCGUCAAAAGAAUGAUUUGACGGAAGCUGAUUUCAUUGAACUUAUAGAUUUAACGCAGGGGUUCUCAGGCAGUGAUAUUACUGCUUUGGCUAAGGAUGCUGCCAUGGGACCACUACGAGAAUUGGGGGAUAAAUUACUGGAUGCGUCGCGGGAUAAUAUUCGAGCCAUAAACAUCAACGAUUUCAAGAACAGUUUGAAAUAUAUAAGGCCAUCCGUCUCCGAGGAGGGAUUGAUCGAAUAUGAGGAUUGGGCGGAAAAAUUUGGUUCUUCAGGUGUAUAG